GGUGGUGACGGUGCUGGGCGACCUGGAGCAGCUCCUCUUCAGCCAAAUGCUGGACCCCGAGUCCCAGAGGAAGAGGACAGUGCAGAAUGUACUGGACCUGCGUCAGAACCUGGAGGAGACCAUGUCCAGCCUAAGGGGCUCUCAGGUGUCUCACAGCUCCCUUGAGAUGACCUGCUAUGACAGUGAUGAAGCCAACCCACGGAGCGUCUCCAGCCUCUCCAACCGCUCCUCCCCUUUGUCCUGGCGCUACGGGCAGUCCAGCCCACGCCUGCAGGCCGGGGACGCGCCAUCGGUUGGGGGGACCUGCCGCUCCGAGGGCACCCCGAGCUGGUACAUGCACGGGGAGCGAGCGCACUACUCGCACACCAUGCCCAUGCGCAGCCCCAGCAAGCUGAGCCACAUCUCCCGCCUGGAGCUGGUCGAGGCGCUGGACACCGAUGACGUGGAGCUGAAGUCGGGGUACAUGAGUGACAGUGAUCUGAUGGGGAAGACGCUGACGGAGGAUGAUGACAUCACCACGGGCUGGGAUGAGAGCAGCUCCAUCAGCAGUGGCCUCAGCGAUGCCUCAGACAACCUCAGCUCGGAGGAGUUCAAUGCCAGCUCCUCGCUCAACUCCCUGCCCUCCACCCCCACCGCCUCACGCAGGAACUCGGCCAUAGCGCUGCGCACGGAUUCAGAGAAGCGCUCACUGGCAGAGAGCGGACUGAGCUGGUACGGUGAAGGUGACGAGAAGGCACCCAAGAAGCUAGACUACGAUAGCAGCAGCCUCAAGAUGGAGCAUGGCUCCUCCAAGUGGCGACGGGAGCCCUCGGAGGGCAGCGAGGAGGGGCCCAAGGGUGGUGAGCUGAAGAAACCUGUCAGCCUAGGCACCCCGGGCUCCCUCAAGAAGGGCAAGACUCCUCCAGUGGCUGUGACCUCCCCCAUCACCCACACAGCCCAGAGCACCCUCAAAGUGGCAGGCAAGCCAGAGACCAAAGUCACUGACAAGAGCAAGCUGUCAGUGAAGAACACAGGUCUGCAGCGCUCUUCCUCUGAUGCCGGCCGUGACCGCACCACGGACGCCAAGAAGCCGCCAUCAGGGCUUGCACGCCCCUCAUCCUCCAGCUCCUUUGGCUACAAGAAACCAGCUCCUGCUACUGGCACUGCCACUGUCAUGCAGGCUGGGGGCUCGGCCACACUUGGCAAGAUCCAGAAGAGUUCUGGCAUUCCUGUUAAGCCAGUCAGUGGGAGGAAAACAAGCCUCGAUGUCUCCAACGCACCUGAGCCUGGGUUCCUGGCACCAGGGGCUCGCUCCAACAUCCAGUACCGCAGCCUGCCCCGGCCGGCCAAGUCCAGCUCCAUGAGUGUGACCGGGGGCCGCAGUGCAGCCCGGCCUGUCAGCAGCAGCAUUGACCCCAGCAUGCUGAGCACCAAGCAGGGUGGCAUCUCGGUGUCGCGGCUCAAGGAGCCGUCCAAGGUUGGCACUGGCCGUGGCACACCAGCCCCUGUGAACCAGACAGACCGUGAGAAGGAGAAGGCCAAGGCCAAGGCAGUGGCGCUUGACUCUGAGUGCAGCACCCUGAAGAGUGCCAGCUCACCUGAGAGCACCCCAAAAGCCCAGGCCAACCUUCCGCCAGCAGCCAAGGUGGCCGAACUGCCCCCUACACCUCUCAGAGCGGCUGCCAAGACCUACGCAAAGCCUCCUUCGCUGGCCAACUUGGACAAGGUCAACUCCAACAGCCUGGACUUGCCCUCCUCCAGUGAGCUGCACACCCCACAUACUGCCAAGCUCCAGGACUUGCACCCGGCUGGUGGGCACCUCGCACCCUGCUUCAGCCCCAGCCCUGCCCCCAUCCUCAACAUCAACUCGGCGAGCUUCUCCCAGGGCCUGGAGCUCAUGGGUGGCUUCAGUGUUCCCAAGGAGGGCAGGAUGUAUUCCAAGCUCUCCGGCCUUCACCGCAGCAUGGAAUCCCUACAGAUGCCCAUGAGCCUGCCCAGUGCCUUUUCAGGGGGCAGCACCACCACCCCCGCCCCUGCUGCUGCACCCCCUGCCAGCACAGAGGAGGAAGAGGAAGAAGAAGAGGCAGGAGAGCUGGGCUGGAGUGGGAGCCCCCGGCUCACACAUCUGGACAGUGCCAACCGCGACAGGAACACGCUGCCCAAGAAGGGGUUGAGGUACCAGCUCCACUCCCAGGAGGAGGCCAAGGAGCGGCGCCACUCACACGCAGUCAGCGGGCUCCCCGAGUCGGAUGAGCAGCAGGAGCUGCCCUCGCCCCCCGCCCUCCCCAUGGCGCUGGUCGGGAAGGGUCCGCUCACCAGCAUUGUGAGCCCCACUGCCACAGCAACCCCGCGGAUCACCCGCUCCAACAGCAUCCCCACCCACGACUCCACCUUCGAGCUGUACAGCACCUCCCAGAUGGGCAGCACCCUCUCCCUGGCCGACAAGCCCAAGGGCAUGAUCCGCUCGGGCUCUUUCCGGGACCCUGUGGACGAUGUUCACGGAUCAGUGCUGUCCCUGGCCUCCAGCGCGUCCUCCACCUACUCCUCCCAAAUCCGCAAGCUGCGCCGCGAGCUGGAGUCCUCACAGGAGAAGGUGGCCACGCUGACAUCCCAGCUGUCUGCUAACGCCAACCUGGUGGCAGCCUUUGAGCAGAGCCUGGUGAGCAUGACAUCCCGUCUGCGGCACCUGGCUGAGACCGCCGAGGAGAAGGACACAGAGCUGCUGGACCUGCGAGAGACCAUUGACUUCCUAAAGAAGAAGAACUCAGAGGCCCAGGCUGUGAUCCAGGGUGCUCUAAAUGGCACUGAUGUCACCCCCAAAGAGCUGCGCAUCAAGCGGCAGAACUCCUCUGACAGCAUCUCCAGCCUCAACAGCAUCACCAGCCACUCCAGCAUCGGCAGCAGCAAGGACGCUGACGCCAAGAAGAAGAAGAAGAAGAGCUGGCUACGCAGCUCCUUUAAUAAGGCCUUCAGCAUCAAGAAGGGCCCCAAAUCAGCCUCAUCCUACUCGGACAUUGAGGAGAUUGCCACACCAGACUCGUCAGCCCCCUCCUCCCCAAAGCUACAGCAUGGCUCCACAGAGACUGCCUCACCCUCCAUCAAGUCCUCCACAUCCUCCUCCGUGGGCAUCGACACAACUGAGCUCUUCCAGGCCCACAGCGAGGGCGAGCCCGAGAAGAAGGAGGUGUCAGAGCUGCGGUCAGAGCUGUGGGAGAAGGAGAUGAAGCUGACAGACAUCCGCCUGGAGGCCCUCAACUCAGCCCACCAGCUGGAGCAGCUGCGGGAGACAAUGCACAACAUGCAGCUGGAGGUGGAUCUCCUGAAGGCUGAGAAUGACCGUCUCAAGGUGGCCCCAGGGCCAUCAACAGUGCCAGGUUCUGUUCCCAGCCAUAUCACGAGCACAUCGGCCUCCUCUUCACCACGGCGCUCCUUGGGUCUCACCCUUGGCCACGCCUUCAGCCCCAGCCUGGGAGAUGCAGACAUGUCCCCCAUGGAUGCUGUCAGUGCUGGCACCCAGAAGGAUGAGCUGACGCUGCGGAUUGUGGUGCGCAUGCCACCCCAGCACAUCAUCAAGGGGGACCUCAAGCAGCAGGAGUUUUUCUUGGGCUGGACCAAGGUGAGCGGGAAGGUAGACUGGAAGAUGCUGGAUGAGGCUGUCUGCCAGGUCUUCAAGGAUUAUAUCACCAAGAUGGAUCCUGCAUCCACGCUGGGGCUUAGCACCGAGUCUGUCUAUGGCUACAGCAUCAGCCACAUCAAGCGUGUGCUGGACACGGAGCCACCGGAGCUGCCACUGUGCCGCCGGGGCCUCACCAGCGUCGUGGUGACACUCAAAGGCUUGAAAGAGAAGUGCGUGGACAGCCUGGUGUUCGAAACACUCAUCCCCAAGCCCAUGAUGCAGCACUACAUCAGCCUCUUGCUGAAGCACCGCCGCCUCAUCCUCUCGGGGCCCAGUGGCACUGGCAAGACCUACCUGACCAACCGCCUGGCUGAGUACCUGGUGGAGCGCUCGGGCCGGGACGUCACCGAGGGCAUCGUCAGCACCUUCAACAUGCACCAGCAGUCCUGCAAGGAUCUACAGCUGUACCUGUCCAAUCUGGCCAACCAGAUCGACCGGGAGACAGGCACGGACGUGCCCCUGGUGAUCCUCCUGGACGACCUCAGCGAGGCAGGCUCCAUCAGCGAGCUCGUCAAUGGUGCACUCACCUGCAAGUACCACAAAUGCCCGUAUAUCAUUGGCACUACCAACCAGCCUGUGAAGAUGACCCCAAACCACGGUCUCCAUCUCAGCUUCAGAAUGCUGACCUUCUCCAACAACGUAGAGCCGGCCAAUGGCUUUCUGGUGCGCUACCUGCGGCGGAAGCUGCUGGAGUCGGACACGGACAUCAAUGCCAACAAGGAGGAGCUGCUGCGGGUGCUGGACUGGGUGCCCAAACUCUGGUACCAUUUGCACACCUUUCUGGAAAAGCACAGCACAUCCGACUUCCUCAUCGGCCCCUGCUUCUUUCUGUCCUGCCCUAUUGGAAUUGAGGAUUUCCGGACCUGGUUCAUCGACCUGUGGAACAACUCCAUCAUCCCUUACCUGCAGGAGGGGGCGAAAGAUGGGCUCAAGGUCCAUGGGCAGAAGGCGGCCUGGGAGGACCCCGUGGAGUGGGUGCGGGACACCCUGCCCUGGCCGUCAGCGCAGCAGGACCAGUCCAAGCUCUACCACCUGCCCCCACCCACCAUCGGGCCCCACAACGCCGUGUCCCCCCCUGAGGAGCGCACUGUGAAGGACACCACACCCAGCUCCCUGGACUCGGACCCACUGGUACGCUGGCCAACAGGAGGGUCUGGGAGGAGCUGGGCAGAGCAGGGUGGAGCUUCGCUUUCCCAGUUAAUUCUCGGUAAAAAGCCUGAUUUAGGGAUGCAGAAACACUUUGUGCUCCUGGGAGGGACAGUGAGUGCAGGGUGGUGGCACUGGCAGGUGGGCUGCACACCAGGACACAGGGGGAUGUGCUAG